AUGUUCAUGCUCACCUCGGUUCCUAUACAUCUCGUAUUCAACAGUACCAUAUUCGAAAUCAAUUAUCUCGGCGCAGCUUGGACUACAGUACUGGCGUCUGAGUCGUUUGUCAAUGGCGCACCGUAUUAUCUGCCCGGGGCGAGCCUUUUGAGCGGCAGGCCAUCGCUUUUAUAUGAUAAAUCUAGAUCAGGGCUACUAGCUUCCAUAGCUGCCAAUGCCUCCAAGUGGACCAAGAUUGAUAUAGACACGUGUAACAAGCUACUUAGUACUUGUCAGCCGAUGACACAGUAUAAGGACAUUGUGGUAGUCAUGACCUCGGACAACACUACUGGCUUUACACUCGACGGCUGGAUUCCAAGUGGCAUCUUCGAUAUGGCAACCAAUUUCAACCAGAGCUUAGGACUUGAUAUGGCCGAAAGCGGACGCUGCUACGGGGUACAACACACAGAGUCUUUCGUCAGAAAGAAUCUCAAUGAGUUGGGCAUCAACGGCAACACACUGGGCAAUUACGGCGACUUUUGGAAGCAGCGUAUGCCGCUGGACAGUCCCAAUUCGCUGUGGUACGCCACUUCCUGCUCGAGGGAUGCGGCGCACGAUGAUGGAACGGGAUGCCGUCAGAAAUGCAACGGUCUGGAUCUGCGGGCAAGCACCGUCAACUUCCAGAGCACGGGUUUCCUACAGCCACCACCUUUGAAUCUGGAGAUGCCAGACGGUGUGUGGCCUAAUGGUCCGCCGCCUUCUCUUAACGACACAGGCUGUCCAGUCAACGAAACCAUGAAGGAUUUGAAUGGAAGUCAUACGGUUGCAGUCUUGAACCCAAGCUACUGUCUCGCUGAACCGUCCCAAAGCUGUAUGAUAGGCAUUUUGGUCCCACUGCUGAUCUUUGUCACAAUAUGCCUUCUUCUCAAGACAUUGACAGCACUGGUUGUAGUCUUUCGGCCGCAUGGAAGGAUGCUCGUGACACCAGGUGAUGCGAUCGCAUCGUUCAUCCGGUACCCAGACCCAACCACAGUCGGCCGUGUCACACUUGGCCAGCCCAGUCUGGGACUCGAGGUCUUACAGCUUGUGAGACAGUUGGAAGGCUGGCAGUAUGACUCAGAAGCUGUAUUCCUUGAGUCGGUGCUUUGGCGCCCCAGACCGUGGAGGAAGGCCGUCUGGUCGGGAUAUGCCUCGGUUCGCCGGUCGGCAUGGUUGACUACUUAUCUCCUGAUUGGCGGCAUCUUUUCAGUUGCGUGCUGCCUCUUCAUCAUAGCAUUCAGAUCAUAUGGGUUAGAUGGUGACAGAAGCUUCCACCCCGUCGGCCGGGGCAAUGUAGCUCCCCUAGGGAGACAUCUUCAAAUGCUCGAGGCCAUCCUUAUCGCCAACGCUCCACAGCUCAUGCUUACCGAGGGCUAUUUCUCCUACAAUUCGAUAUUCACCCGUCUCGUCCUAGCCCGCGAAUGGUUCUCAUACACGGUUGCUGCACGGCCGCUGCGCGUGACAGACCCUCGUGGCGAGCAGGUCUCGACGUACCGUCUGCAACUACCAUACAGCUACAGUGUUCCACUUCUCGCUCUCAGCAUUGUGCUCCAUUGGAUGGUCUCCAAUACAUUUUAUAUAGUCGUCAUCUAUGGGGGUUUUUACCAAACUUUGUACCCAGUCAAGGACUUUACUCUUACUGGCGUGCCUCCAGACAUUUACGUACGAGGCCUCCAAAUGCAGAUCGGCUAUUCCACUUUGUCCAUCCUUCUUGUCGUGGUCAUCACCACCGUCUUGGCGCCCGUACCCUUGGUCUUAGGCCUCCGCAGAAUUAAAAACAGUAAUAUGGUCGGCUUCCCCAGCAAUUCGAUCGUCAUGAGCGCGGUAUGCCAUGUCUCUACUGUCACAGCCUUCAGCCCGACUGAAUCUGGUAAUCGCCCUCCCAGGCGCCCUUCAGAGGAACGCGACGUGAGUUCUGAGCAGGCAACGUCCCAAGAAUACCAAUUGCUGCCUCGGCAGUCAUUUUCACAGGGUGGUACAACCAUCGAAUUGUCGGACCUCGCGAGUGGUACCAAUGGGUUCAGCUCAGAUGAUCUCUCGGAAGAGCAGGAUGAAGAACACACAAACAACAGCCCGGAGGCAUUAUUGCCCAACUCGGGCAGCGAAUGGGACAGCGAUGAGGGAGAUGCUAGAGACGUUUCCGAAACGGCGAUCGAGCGCCAGGAGGGCCGAGAUCGGCUGCGGAUUUCGCGCUCCCUGUUAAGAUGGGGUGAAAUGAAGAUGCCGCCAUCGUUUCACGAACAAUGGGCAGAUUUGGACGACCCCGUAGGCCAUCUCAGCUUUGGAACAGAACUGCAAUGGCAGGGGGAGCCAAAGGAAGGCCGGCUAUAUGUAUAA